GCAGGGAUAAAUAUAGAACGAAAGACAGUCGGGGAAUUAAGUUACGCGUGAACCGCAAGGACAGACACACAUGGUGUCAGGCUGCCACGGGUGACAGACCGCUCCUCUCGUCCACCGGUCCAAGAGCACCUUUCAACCCAAGACAAAGGUCCAACAAAGGGAUCAUGGCACGCAUCUUGUGGGCUCUGGUCUUCAGCCUGCUGCUGGUCGGGAGAUGGGGCCCCGCCUUGGCAGAGGAGGAGCCCGAGGAGGUCGGGGAGCCUGAGGCACCUGUAGCAGAUAACAGGCAACCUUGUGCCCAGUGGAUGGGCGGAGUGCCAGGCACGCCUGGGCACAGCGGGCACCCGGGAAGAGAUGGCAGGGAUGGGCAUGAUGGUGCCAAUGGUGACAAAGGAGAUACAGGUGAGCCUGGAGAGAAGGGCGAGCCAGGUGAGAAAGGCGCCGAUGGGCCCAUGGGGCUUCGUGGCUUUCCGGGCAUCCCAGGGAUGAAGGGUGAACGUGGGGAGAGUGCCCUCAUCUACCGCUCGGCCUUCAGCGUGGGCCUCACCGGCCCUGUGCCCGCCGCCAACGUGCCCAUCCGCUUCACCAAGUUCUUCCACAACGAGCAGCGGCACUACGACGAUGUCAGCGGCAAGUUCCGCUGCGUCCUGCCCGGCGCCUACUUCUUCACGUACCACCUGACGGUCUACCCCAGGGACGCCAGAGUCAGCCUCUACAAGAACGACAAGACCAUCAUGUUCACCUACGACCAGUUCCAGGAGAACGACACGGACCAGGCCUCCGGCUCCAUAGUGCUUCACUUGGAUGUCGGCGACGAGGUCUGGCUGCAGGUCUACGGGGAAGAGGAGUUCACCGGGAUCUAUGCCGACAACACCAACGACUCCACCUUCUCGGGGUUCCUGCUCUACCCUGACAUCCCAGUGGCAGAUCGACGGCGUUAAACUGAAGGCGGUGCUUUGUGGGUGCCUGGGUAAGAAGGUUUUUUAUCGGCCAUUGGUAUAUAUUUGGAUAUGACCCACGGGCACAGAUGUGGGCCCUUGCAGAAUUGCAUCUAUUGCACCUCACAAAAAAAGUGCCUUAUAUAACUGUCAUAUAUUUAAGUGCCUAUUUAUACAAAAGAAGCGUGUAGCCUGUUUUAUAUCAUUGAUUUUUUUCAUGGGAAAAAAUUCUUUGAAUUACCGCUGAACUAGCUGCAUGCGUGGUUUGGCUUGUUGCAUAUUAUAAAUUCUUGUGACUGCUUCCAAGGCCAUAGUGUAUCUAAAUGUAUAACUUAGUGUCUUUUCCCCACUAACAUGAUGCCUUAGUGCCAGGAAAAAAAAUUGCUAGUGGUGGUACGAUUGCUUCAUUCAUAAUCAUACUCAAAGAAUUAAUCGACUGAUGAUACUUACCUGACUGUGAAUCUUUCAUGUACCUUGAACGUUUUAUGUUUCAAAAUGAAUAUAAUAAACAAUUUUAUCACUGUC